UGCUUCUUUCGCUAUCGGCAAAACAUGAAAUUUCUGGUCUGUUCUAUCUUAUUAAUCUCUGCGGCUUUGGCCAAAGAAACCACUAAGAAAGAUAAGAGAGGUCUUGAACUGAGUCUGGGCGGUGGUGACUUUGGAGGUCACGGGGGAGGUUUGGAACUUGGUGGUGGUUAUGGAGGAGAUCUUGGAGGACAUGGAGGUUUAGAGGGUGGUCUCGGUGGAGAUUUGGGAGGUCAUGGCGAGGGCCACAUCACCCACAUUACUCUCCACAAGACCAUCAAAGUACCAAAACCAUACCCAGUGCCAGUGCCAGUUGAAAAGAAAGUACCUUAUCCAGUCAAAGUACCGGUUGCCGUAAAGGUCGAUAAGCCUUACCCAGUGCAUGUACCCAAACCAUACCCAGUCCAUAUCGACAAGCCAUACCCAGUCAAGAUCGAGAAAACUAUACCAGUCCCAUACAAAGUACCAGUGAAAGUACCAUACCCAGUCAAAGUACCAGUACAUGUACCGAAGCCGUACCCAGUCACGGUUCACAAACCAGUACCGGUACAUGUUCCCGAAUACAACAUCGUCAAGAAACCAGUACCAGUAAUCAUCCAUGGUCACGGUGGUGAUGGCGGUUUCGGAGGCGGAGAUCUUGGCGGUCAUGGAGGAGAGCUGGGUGGCGACUUGGGUGGUCACGGUCUCUCACUAGGAGGUGGUUACGGCAAAUACUAAAAAACAGCCACACGCCCACGUCCACCUUUAGUAUUGCAACAUAGAAUAGCUUUGAUACAAAGAGUUUUCUUGUUGUCGAUGGACAGCCAGAAAUUUUAUGUUUUGCAAUUGUCUAUACAUACCUACUCUAGGUUAUUAUGCAAGGUAGCGUUUUGGGUUUGCAGCUCAUGUUCUGUGAUAUCCCUUUUCACUAAGCAAAUUCAUCACGAGUGCCUUGUACUUUAAUUGUAGUCAUCAUUAUUUCAUCUUUCAUCCCAUUGUUUAUUUUUUAUUGCAAUAAACUAUUUUU